UCCAUGUCCCCUCAGGCUCUGCGAAGCCUGGUCUUGAGACCGUGGCAAACGUGCUUAUGUUGAGUAGGCAUGCAAGCCUGCUCUCAAGUCUAUUACUCUUUAUGUUGAAAGUGGCGAAGUGUGUACUGUGAGUAGACGCUUUCCGGUGCAUUCACUCCUCAUGACGAGCUCGAUCUUUAAUGCCCAUGACUUAAUGAAGGAGUGUGUAUAAACUACAGGCAGUCCGAGAUACCUCGAAGCGGAAGGAUCUGGGAAGGUGGUGUAGAAUAGGAGUAGUAUGUGAUGUGAGGCCUAUAGUCACCAGCAAAGAUGAAGAAGCCUAAUUGAGUGAAUGGGAGAAGCAAUGGCAAGUAGAGGCCCUGGGGUCUUCAUGCGAAGUUUGAACUGUCACAGAGCUGGUCUAUGUCGUGUGCUUGCGGUUUCGGUGAAGAGAGUGUUAUCCAGGAUGAGGAUAUUAUGAGUUUUUUUCAUUUUUUUGUGUGGACGAGGAUAUGGUGAAAUUUAUAGCAGGGAAUACCCACAGCAUGCUAAUCGGUAGUAGGAAAGCAUACGAGUUGUUUUGAUGCGACAGGGAGUAGGAGAUAUGACUGUUAAAAGGCGCUUCGUUAGGUGCUGUGAGGAAGCGAGGAGAUUGAGCGCGGUGGUGGUCAUCUUCGAGUCUAUGAUUUGCCGUCUAUAUGAGCCAUAGAGGGAAGGGUGUGUCAAGUGUGAACCGGGGCGGAGAGAGAGAGGUGGGAGGCCCCGGGUAGGGCUGGGCGGGGUGGGGGGGGGUGCAGUUGCAUAACAGCUGGCUUUGUGGCUGGCUUCCAAAGUGAGCGAAAUGUGUCAUUCAUUUUGCUGUCAUCGGCAAAUUCUUGUUGAAAACUAGAAGAUGCAGCAUUUUAGGGAGGAAGAGUCCAUGAUUGGCGUUUGCCGAUUUGGUGCGCUAAGCAAGAGGGGCAGGCGACAGGCAAACUGAAAUGCUGAUCAAAGGAAGCAUGCGGACUAAAAGAGAGAGAUUUGGAUGAAAUAGAACAGCAAGUAGGGGAGUAGUAGCCAUGUGAGAGGGUCCUGCGAAUGCUAUGAAAUAUUUGAGAGCCGAGUACAAGUUGAAUGUGGAGUCUCUUCCUCGUGAGUGAAAUGAGAGAUUGUGAUUAGUAGUAAGUGAGAGAUUACGGAGACGAUUACGGCGACCAUAACACAUAUCUGACUAUGUGUUUGUCAAGUUUAGUAGCAGGCGGGUAGUUUAACGAAAGAUGGGGCGUGGAUUGUGUGCAAAGUAAAGACUCUGGAAAGAAGCACUGGAGCAAGGAGCAGCGGCACGACACGUGAUGGAUCUGCGGCAAUGUUAUCAAACGGUGAAGUGAGAGAUUUGGAAGACAAAGUAACAAGGUACCGUACAGGUGCAGCAGUGCAAGCUGGAAUAUCAUCUGCUUGCGAAACGCAGGGGAGUCUAGAUGUUCUCUGGUCAUGGUGCGUGUUUGUUGGAAAAGGAGAAGGGAGUGGAAGUGAUGGUUCUUGUGCAGAUUACUCUCUGGGGAGAGUACGGUGUGUACGAGUCUAACGAAGGCGACAGGCAGAUGGCGACGAUUAUGGAGACGAUUACGUCAGAAGGGAGAGUGGAAGAAGACAAAGGCUUGUGGGGGAGAGGGGUGCGCGGGGGCAUGGAGGAAGGGAGAAGGGAGGAAGGGGAGGAGAGGCAAAACGAAGGUUCAAGUAGUCAGGUAUCAGUUGGCAUGUUGAGGCUGCCCAACUAUGAGAAGAGGGGAGAGAAGGGUUGUACGGAAAGAGAGACGGAGUGAGGGCUCAAGUGGCAAGAGGGAGGGUUAAGUUGCUUGACUUUUACACUACGAUGAACCGAGACGGAGUGAGGGCUCAAGUGGCAAGAGGGAGGGUUAAGUUGCUUGGCUUUUACACUACGAUGAACCAGGAGGGGAGGAGGGAGUGAGGGGACAAGGAGGGAAGGUGACACAAGAGGGAGGGUUAAACCACUACUGCCAGCAUGCUUCGUCCAGAAGGCCGCACUUUUCACAUAACAGUCUGUCCUCCGUCGGUUUGAUAUGCAUGGUGCGGGAAAAUUUGGGUUCGACAAAAUGGCCUUCACGGGAAUGGUGGUUUACGUCGUACUGUGUUCGUUGGCAACUUGGCUGCGUACUGUGUUCGUUGGCAACUUGGCUGUUAAUCAGCCGGUGGAGAGGGAAGCAAGGAAAGUGAGGAGAGGGGAGGAAGGGAAGAGACGGGAGGGAGGAAAGGAAGGGAAGAGAGGGGAGGAAAGAAAAGGAGAGAGAGGAGAGAGGGAAGGUUAGCAAGUGGUGUAUUAGCUGGUAGUUUUUCCAUCUUUGCCAGCAAUAGUGUGUUCUCUCUUCCUCUUGUGCCUUAUAAGCUAUGCUGCAUUGGAGUUCCUUAAAGCACCAGUACAUGGGCACCUGGGCCGCGGGCCUGACACCUCAGAUUCUCGAGGCGCAAAACGAAAACGCAACCGCCGAUCGAAUUUAUCAACGACUUGCCCAGCGUUUGACGUUUCGGCCUCGUUUUUGUGUGGCAACAAGUUUUGGACUGCAAGGCUGGGGCCGUGUACUUGUGGUUUAAGACGAUGGAGUUAACGAGGAAAGGAGUCAUGCUGCGAGGUGAUGCCGAAGUCAUUUUUUUCUAGUAAAUGACUAAUGACCUU